GUGAAAUAUUUAUCCCGUUUUACACUGGAAAGGUUGUUGAUGGUAUUGUGAUAGACAAGUCUCAGAAAGAAUUUACCCAUGCCAUUAUGGUCAUGGCACUUAUAUCAGUGGGCAGUGCACUAGCAGCUGGUAUAAGAGGUGGUUGUUUUACUAUAGCCUCAGAUAGAUUCAACAUCCGAGUAAGGAAAACUCUGUUUACAUCUCUGAUGAAACAGGAAGUUGGAUUUUUUGACAAUAUACAAACAGGUGAUAUAACAUCAAGAUUGACCUCGGAUACUACAACAAUGAGUGACACUUUGGGCCUGAAUGUGAACAUUUUUCUACGUAGCCUGAUCAAAGCCGCAGGCGUGCUCUUUUUUAUGUUCAAGUUGUCAUGGCGACUAACUAUAGUUACUUUUAUCGGCCUGCCUUGUAUGCUAGCUGUGUCGAAGAUUUAUGGCGCUUAUUACAAGAAACUGUCAGAAGAGGUUCAGGACAGUCUGGCUAAUGCAAACAAUGUUGCUGAGGAGGCCUGUUCCACUAUGCGAACAGUGCGAAGCUUUGCCAACGAGAAUGGAGAAAUUCAACGAUAUGCAGACAAGCUGGCAGUAACUUACAAACUGAACAAGAAACAGGCUGUAAUGUACUCUGGUUUUGUUUGGUCAAACAUGUUAUUUGAGCUCUCACUGACAGUAUCUGUGUUGUAUUAUGGCGGACAUCUCGUACUUAAUGGGGAUUUGACAGGAGGGACACUGAUCUCCUUUAUACUGUAUCAGAUACAGCUCGGGGAUUGUGUUGAUAGUAUGGGCUAUGUAUAUACUGGAUUGAUGCAGGCAGCUGGAGCCUCCGAGAAGGUGUUUGAGUAUAUAGACAGGAAACCGAAGAUUUGUCACCAAGGCAACAUUGCACCAGAUGAUAUUCAAGGUCACGUACAGUUCAAGGAUGUCUGCUUUUCUUACCCGUCUAGACCUGAUGUACCUGUUUUAAAG